GCCGGGCCCGGCCGCGCAGGGCCGCCCUCAAGGUCCGGGCGGCACCAUGAAAUCUCUGAAGAAGGAUUCCCGCCUCCGAUUAGCUCCAACCAGAUUCCAGGAGGUCGCAGAGAGCAUCAAAGAAAGGAAGCGGGCAAAGGUCCCUGAACAGCCCACCUCCCCCACUCAGGAAGAUCCUGAACCUGUUAGCAAUGUCCUACAAGGAGAUGACAUUCUUGCCUUGGCCAUUAAGAAGGAGGACUUGGAGAAGCAACACAUUCGUCGCCUUACUGAAACAGAAGGUAAACCUGCUAUUACCCAGAAAUUUAUCAUCCGAAAACUCAAACCCAUGGAUCCUAGGAGAAAGGUCUGCCACCUGGUAGCACAUCCUGCAAAUCCCGAUGUAGCCACAAAGCCCCUGGACUACUCAGGUCCAGGUGACAGCUUUGAUGGCAGUGAUCAGAUCCUGCCCCACCACAUCUUGGGGAGUCUCCAGGACUUUAAGAGAAUCGCAGUUGCUCGAGGGAAUCUCCAGCUGGCCAAGCUGAUACCCUCCACACCCUGUCUGAUGACCCUUAUCUCAGCUAAAGAAAAGUCAAAACAAAAAGCCCCAAAGGAGGAGAAGAGACAUCCCUGGGCCCCUCCUACUCAGCACAACUUUUUGAAGAACUGGCAGCGUAACAUAACCCUGCGGAAGAAGCAGCAGGAAGCCCUCAGUGAACACCUGCAAAAGCCAGUGGGUGAGCUGCUCAUGCACACUGGGGAGGCCUACAGGCGGAUCCAAGAGGAGCGGGAGCUCAUCGACCGUGCACUUCCAACACAGCAUGAUGGGAAAGGCUCAGAGACCACUGGGUUCUGGAGUCGGCUGGAGUACUUGGGAGAUGAGAUGACGGGUCUGGUCAUGACCAAGACAAAAACACAGCGUGGCCUCGUGGAACCUGUCACUUACAUCAGGAAGCCCUUCUCCACCCAGGUGGAGACAGGAUUGCCAGCCCAGAGGGAUGCUUGGUACCGCUACACCUGGGACCGGAGUCUGUUUCUGAUCUCCCGCCGCAAGGAGCUGCAGAGAGUCAUGGCGGAGCUGGACUUCAGCCAGCAGGACAUUGACGGCCUGGAGGUUGUGGGCAGAGGGCGGCCCUUCUCGGCUGUCACGGUGGAGGACUACACAGUGUUUGAGAGGAGUCAGGAGAGCUCUUCUGAAGACACAGUGUCCUUAGACCCGUUAUCCAGCUCCUCGGAUGUGACCCCCAUGCCUGUUCUUGGCCCUUCUCUACUGUUCUGUGGAAAGCCGGCUUGCUGGAUCCGAGGCAGUAACCCAGAGGACAAGAAGCAAGUUGGAAUUGCUGCUUGCUUGACCUUUGAAACUCUAGAACGAGAAAUGACAUCUUCAGAAUUGACCGUGGUCAAUAAUGGCACAGUGGCCAUUUGGUAUGACUGGCGACGGCAGCACCAGCUGGACACGUUCCAAGACCUGAAGAGAAACAGGAUGCAGCGGUUUUACUUCAACAACCGGGAAGGUGUGAUUCUGCCUGGAGAAACGAAAAACUUUUCCUUCUUCUUCAAGUCUUCAACUGCUGGGAUCUUUAGGGAAUCAUGGGAAUUUGGAACCCACCCUGCCCUCUUGGGUGGUGCCAUCCUGCAGGUCAACCUCCACGCGGUCUCCCUGACCCAGGACCAUUUUAGGGAUGAGAGAAAGCUACUAGAGAGCAAACUGGUGGCUGGCGAGGCAGUCACCAUCGCAGAGCACAUGCUGCAGGAGCUGCUGAUGGGGGUCUUCACUCCAGAGCGUGUGCCGUCCCCUGUGGACACCUACCUCACCGAGGAGGACUUGUUCCAGCAUAGGAAUCCUCAGCUGUGUUACCAGCACCAAGUGGUGCAACACCUGCACAGACUGUGGCACCAGUACAUGGCUCCACCCUCCAGGGCCAAGGAGGCCAGGCUAGGCGAGGAGGAGCGCCUCAGCCCCAGGGCCCAGGUGUCAAAGGCCUCCACGAGCACCGAGCUCUCCCCACGCUUCAGGAGCCCGGUUUCAGAAACUCAUCUGCACCGGCAGGAGAGUGAGGCCCCCAGGGACUCCCGAGAUUCCACUGGGCUCCACAAGAUGGGAGCAGGGACCAAGAGCUCUCAUUGGAAGAGCAUCAUGGAGGAGAUCUUGGUGGAGGAGAGCCCAGACAUGGAGAGCGCCAAGAGCCCCGGAGAGUUGGGUGGCCUUCCCCCGCCCGAGUGGAACCUCUGCUUGGAGGACUUCAGAAAGGCAGUGAAGGUGCUCCCUGAUGAGGCCCAGAGAGAGGACGCGCUGGUCAGGCUCAACAGGGCAGCCUUGGAGCUGUGCCAGGAGCAGAGGCCGCUGCAGUCUGACCUCCUGCACCAGAUGUGUUUGCACCUGUGGAGAGAUGUCAUUGACAGCCUCGUGAGCCACUCCCUGUGGCUGAGGGCUCUGCUGGGCCUGCCUGAGAAGGAGACCAUCUAUUUGGAGGUGCCAGAGGAGCAAGAUCAAAAAUCCCUUCCUGUCACAGAGGUGAAGGUGCCUGCCGGGAAAGUUGGGAAGGAGGAGAGGAGAGGGGCGGCCCAGGAGAAGAAGCAGCUGGGAAUCAGAGACAAAGAGGACAAAAAAGGAGCCAAGUUGUCCGUGAAAGAGGACCGGUCCAACAGCAGGAAGCACAAGGCAAAGGAUGACAAGAAAGCCACGAAAUCUAUAAGCCGGGACAGGCUUUCCUUGGAAGACUCUGCCCCCGACAGCACCCUCCCUUCUCAGGAGCCCAUAGACCCCCUGGUCAUGGAGAAAUAUACCCAGAGGCUGCACACUGAGGUCUAUGGGUUGCUGGACACUCUGGUGACCGACCUGAUGGUCCUGGCCGAUGAGUUCAGCCCCACACAGAAUGUCGAGGAGCCCCUGCGUCUUUGCAGCUGACUCUUGGCCCGAGCAGCCUUCUGGGAAACCUGUUAACCAACAAGUCAAUAAAGAAGCUUUAGGUUUCUACCA